UCCAAGAGGGUUGAUCCCUUAGGCAACAAGUGCCUUGAUGACAGCCGCUUUUCUGAAAGUAAGGAAGAAAAGAAGGAGACAUAGCGACCGUAAAGGGAAUCUCGAAGCAUAAAUUGAGCGGUCCGAUGGUGAAAAUGUCUGACGAUCAAGCUACAAAUCCGCCAAUGCAGCCGGUCAUCUUGUCCAUGGAAGUGGACGAUGACGAUUGUUUUGAAAGCGAAUACAGAUUGCGAAUCGCAAACCAAGUCAAAUAUCUCAUCGUCUCCCCUAGAACCUUUGACAGAGAUACGCUUUCAUUUCCUAUCCGGUCUCUGCCCCCUCUUCCCUACAACGAGGAAUGGACCGUAGCCCACAUCUCCACAGACGAAACCAGCGGCCACUUGAAAACUUCCAUCUCGAACCGAACACUAGCUGGCGUCAGGUGUCAAUGGCAUCAUACUCGAGCCAUCGCACAUUCGAUUCUUCCACUCUCCUCCUUAUCACCAGGCACUGUAAUUGCCAAAAUAGCCCGUUUCGAAUGGGAACUACCUCGUAUCGAACAGGAAACAAGAGCAUACCAGUUGCUUGAGGGUUCCGGACUAGCCCCCCGCUUCCUCGGCCAUGUCCACGAGAAUGGACGCAUCAUGGGGUUUCUCAUAGAAAAACUAGAGGGACGCUCUGCCUCUUUCCAAGAUCUGAGCAUCUGCGAAACAGCUCUAGGGAAGCUCCACGAAUUGGGACUUGUACAUGGGGAUGUGAACCGAUACAACUUUCUCAUCACGGAAGAAGGGGUAAAACUACUCGACUUUGAAUGCCUUCAAGAAAAUGCUAGCCCUGAGUCAAUGCGCAGGGAGUUGAACAAUGUACGUGCCGAAUUGGCUCACGAGUCAGGACGCGGUGGAGGUUUCAUUUUCCAUGGCGAUAGCAAUUGA